AUGGGCGUUCAAGGUGAGAGAAGUCAUUUCAGAUGGGCCAGUGCCUCUUACUUACGGAUCUCAGGGUUGCUUUCGUAUCUGGAAGAUAUUUCAAAGCCAGUGUCGCUCAAGAACUUUGCUGGUCAAACAAUCGGUGUUGAUGGAUAUGGCUGGCUUCAUCGCGGCGCAGUUUCCUGUGCAAUUGAGCUAGCGCAAGGCAAGCCUACCAACAGAUAUGUUGACUUCUUUAUGGGUCGCGUCCGGAUGCUUGAGCAUUUCGGUAUCAAGCCGUACAUUGUCCUCGAUGGAGAUUAUCUUCCCAGUAAAGCAGGGACUGAGCUUCAACGUUCAAGUUCCCGUGAGAGUUCAAAGAAAAUCGGCCUUGAGCUGCUAAAAGUCGGUCGCUCUGCACAAGCAUUUCAGACCCUUCAAAAGGCCGUAGAGGUGACUCCUGAAAUGGCCCGUCUUGUCAUUGACGAGCUCCGGCGAUGUGGUGUCAGCUAUGUCGUGGCUCCAUAUGAAGCUGAUUCGCAAUUGGUGUAUCUCGAGAAGAAAGGCCUCAUAUCCGCUAUUCUCUCCGAGGAUUCCGACAUGCUCGUCUUUGGUGCUAAGGUUCUCCUCACCAAACUCGACAAGUUUGGGGGCACCAUUAUGAUUCGCCGUGAGAAAUUCACCGCAUGUCGCAGACUGAGCUUCGCAGGAUGGACCGACAAUGAGUUUCGUCGGAUGUGCAUUCUCUCUGGAUGCGAUUACUUGGCCAACAUGAAGAACAUGGGUCUCAAGAAUGCCCAUGCAAUGGUCCGAAAGCACAAGAGCAUCGAUCGAAUCAUCCGUGCGAUCCAGUUCGAUGGGAAGUUUAAGGUCCCUCCUGGUUACCUCAAGUUGUUUGACCAAGCGGAGAAAACCUUUCUUUAUCAGCGGGUGUUCGAUCCGAAAACGAAGCAACUUGUGACUUUGAAUGACCCUACCCCAGACUUUGCUGAUGAAAUGGAGGGGCUCCUAUACAUCGGACCCAAGAUCGACAAUGAAACAGCUGCCGGCAUUGCUCUUGGGGAACUGCAUCCUCAUAACAAAGGCGAAUUGAAGCCAGCACCAGCACCUGUGAAGCCUCUGCAGCGAUUUAACACCCCUAAACUCCGCACUGACUCCGGUCCGCCUGGUGGAGACCCACCCAUCACGGACUUCUUUGCGAAGAAGCGCAUUCCACUCGCGGAGCUCGACCCUAACACGUUCGCUCCAACGCCAGAACAGGAAGCACUACUUGCCAGAGCCCGAAAUUCCGAGUGGAAUGGCUACGAAGCACCUGUGAUAUCGAGCAACUCUCUUCGAACACGUUCGGCUCCGAUAGUGGUCCAUCCUUCGCAAGAGAACAUCGACCCGAAUGUUUCAAGCCGUAGGACGGCAUCAGCACCGCUAAGCAUUGCUAGA